CGCUGCUGUUGCUGUUGUAGAUAAUCAACCAUGUUUCCUUUUUAAGUAGUCAAGAAUCUACUGAAGCAUUUUUUUGUCUUGUUUCCCACUAAUUUAUUUCUUUAAUAUUUCUAUUGAUGUCUACCGUUGUUAUUUAACGCGACACGUGCUGCACCAUGCUGGUUGGCUACAGCAGCAGCUCCGACGAGGAGAACGAGCCUGAAGGUGCGCGAGCAGAUUCAGACGCUAGAAGCAGAAGACGCCCGAGGACCUGUCAAGAAGAUAGCGAUAACGAUGAUGACACCUUAGCGAGGAAGACGCUCAAAACAGAGGAGCAGAUCCCCAAAACAAGGCUGCCUGUUCCUGGUUGCCUAAUCUCCAUGUUUCCAGAGGAGGUGGACCAUCAGACUGAAGACUGCUCCCUUCAUGGUGGACGCAUCCGCUCUUUCAGACAUGAGAGGGGAAACUGGGCAACUUAUGUAUAUUUGCCAUACAAUCCAGAUGAGGAGUUUGCAGAGCUGUUGGAAGAUAUACUGUCUGCUGCAACAGCUCACGGAGUGGCUUUAACUCAGCAGGAGGAGUUUCACCUCAGUCUGUCUCAAACAGUGGUGUUGAGACACCACUGGAUCCAGCCUUUCAUAGAGAGGCUCAGGACAGGCCUUGCCCACCGUAAAAAAUUUGUGUGUGCAGCAGGAAGACUCAGGGUCUACUGUAAUGCUGAGAGGACCAGGACAUUCCUUGGUAUGGAAGUUUGUACUGGGCAUGCUCAAUUGUUGGAGAUAGUAGAAGUGGUAGACAAAAUCAUGACAGAGUUCAGCCUGGACACUUUCUAUAAGGAUCCAUCUUUCCAUCUGAGUCUGGCAUGGUGCACUGGAGACCGGACGGAGCAGAUGAAGGAAUGCCUUCACGAGCUUCAGAGUCUUAUCGAUGACCAUGAGGAGGGGCCCUUCCUUCUGAAGCUGGAGUGUAAGGAGCUUUGCUGCAAGGCGGGAAACAAGAUCUUCAGCUUCCUUUUUGGGUCCUAAAACCUGGCAUUUGCCUACCACAUUAACCCUGAUCCCUUGAACGCCAGACUCGCACUGUGAGGGGGGGUGCACGGUCAGCCUUGGAACAAUAGCUGGGGAUUUGAUGAGAUGGCACAAAAAAAAGGAUGAAAUGAGGGGACCGGGAAACGUCAACUUGAGUUGAAUUGUUCCGUUUCCAAAAAUCUGAAAUACCAACAAAUUCACCAAAACUACUGGAAACACAACUGUUGGGAAGUUAUAUGAUCGUAAAAGUGUUAAGUUGUACAGCAAAGCGCGGACUGAGGUUCUUUGCUCCUCCAUCAGCUCGGACUUCUGGAACCAUAUGCACAGGACUCAACAACAGGCCCUGCUCUCUUUUUGAUACCAGAAACUUCCUUCCUCCUCUUGCCUAUCCCGAUUCCCUCGUUGAGUCGAAAUGCAAAUUUACCCCUGGGGUAGGAGUGGAAGACAACGUUAUAAUGGGGAGACACGUUCUCCUCCUGGUCUUUUGUUGUAACCCCGUUUUGUAAAUCUGAGAUGGAUGCUACAGGGUUUUUAUGUAAUUUUCAAAAUGAGCAUCGUCUUUUGAAUGGGCGAUGACUCAAACGGUGUUCAACCAACCUGUCAGUAAACUGUUCACUGUAGCGAGAACAGUAGCGCGUUGUCUCGAGCCUCAUUCGUCAUACUGUAGCAAGGUUUUCUAAAGAAAGCAUCGCCAAACACUGGCGGCCCCUUUAUGUAGAGUGACCAGUUAAUGUUUUAUUUUUGGGACAUGUGCACUGUUCAUUAUAAUUCUCUUGUAUACCCCCCUACCCGCCCCCCCCCAAA